AGGAAGAGCUUCGCCUGGAUCAAAGACAGCGUAGCUCUGUCGCCGUAGGAUGUAUUGAGCGCGCUGACUGCGUUACACACGGACGAUCGUGAAUUUUGGAUUAUUACUAAUCGGAUGGUUUUCCAUUAUAAGCCGAUGCAGAGAAAUGGGUAAACUUCAUUCGAAACAUGCUGCAAUUUGUAAACCAAGGGAGAGCCCGGAAGGUGACAGUUUCGUAGUCAAUGCCUGUUUAGCAAGAAAAGGAAUCGAUGAUUGGAUCGUGAAACAGAAAUACUAUUGCACGGGCUCAAGAGUUGAACAAGACUGUCACCAUAAAAGUACCUGCGGGUUGUCUGGCCGGGACCCCUUGGAUGAGGCCUGUGCAGAGGGGAUCAGUGAUGAGCACUACCGCCUAGAAGUGGCCUUGCCUCCUGAGAAGCAGGACAGCUGCUGUGUGGACGAGAAGAUGCAGGAGAGGGAUCUCCAGCCGCCCGCCGGCACGCAGAAGCAGCUCCAGUUCGAGGAGCUGGAGUGUGCGGUGUCUGUGGAGGAGGACAACAGACAGGAGUGGACCUUCACCCUCUACGACUUUGACAACAAUGGCAAGGUCACCAGAGAGGACAUCACCAGCCUCCUACACACCAUCUAUGAGGUGGUGGACGCCUCGGUCAACCAUUCCCCCAGCAGCAGCAAGACCCUCCGGGUUAAACUCUCCGUCGCGCCCGACUCCACGCAGAGGUGGAAGAACUGCACGCAAGGCGCCACAGACACUCCCUACCCAAGACACAAGACAGACAAGUGCAUUGAAGAACCCCGAAGUGCAGACAAGAAAUCCCGUGCCCUUCUAAGGCGUCACCAUAGCGACCACCAUAACCAGCAGUCGUGUCAGCGGCACUGCGUGGACGAGAACCUGGAACGGCGGAACCACUACCUGGACCUAGCCGGCAUCGAGAACUACACCUCACGCUUUGGGACAGCAGGUCCGACGAGUGGAACGGAGGCGGGCAAAGCUGGCGACGCGGCGACAGCAGCAUCAGCAUCAGCAGCAGCAGCAGCAGCGGCAACGGUAACGACAGCGACAGCGGCUACGUCGGCGACGAGAGCCACAAACCAGACACGGUCGCGCUCCCACGAGCCGGAGAACGGGCACACCCACCCACACCACCGGCGCUCCCACAUGGCAGCAGCAGUGGCGGCGGCGGCAUCGGGAGGCGUGGACGGCACGUCACCAGCCACUGAGACCCUGCUCUGCUCCUCACGCCCGCCCCGGGGCCCCCAUCAGGACUCGUCCAAGCACGCGCUGCGCUCCCCCAAGACCCACGGCCGCACGGCCCCCUCCGCCUCCGCCAACGCCCCCCAGCCCUCGUCCGGCGGCGGCUCCGGGGGCCGCGUCAUGCGUAGCCGGGGGGCCCCUCCGCCCGCCGCGCUGCCCAACCAGACGCCACCGCACCAGUCCUCGGGCCCCUACCGCCGCCACAAGCAGAGGACCAAGGACGGCCAUCAUCAACAUCAACAGCAACAUCAGCAUCAGCACCAACAGAUACAACAGCAGCAGCUCCAGCAGCAGCAGCAGCAGCAGCAGUACCGGGCGGUGGGGCCGCUGGGUGGUGCGGGUGGUGCGGUGGGUCCCGUGGUGGAGAGGGAACAGGUGCGCGACCUGCCCAGCGUGGUGCUCUACGAGGGCGGCCUGGCACAGGUGGUGCAGAGGCACGAGCAUCACCACCAUCACGAACACCACCACCACUACCACCACUUCUACCAGUCCUGAAGCCCCCACCCCCCUGGCUCCACCACCACUACCACCACCCCUCCUACCGGUCCAGAAGGCGCUGGCACCGCCACCACUACCACCAUUUCUACCGGUCCUCAAUCCCAGGGCCUAGCUAUGGUUCUGGGCCAUCAACUGGGCUUUCCCCUGUUCAUCACCCCCACAUACUGGAGGAAGGAAAGACAAACAGUACCCCUCCAGAUACCCAAUCCCCACACGCACACACGCACGCACAC